GUAUGUAUCCUAAAUUAUAUACAAAUUUGUUACAAGAAAUCUAACAUUAUAUAUACCUUCAAUAUAUAGGUGGUGCAUGAAAAAGGCUGUGGAAGAAUUAAAACCUUCAACAACUCCUCAGAUCAUACGUAUUUGGAAUAAAGUCCAACAAAUUAGAAAAAAGAUUAACAGUGGCCAAACAACUUUUCUAAAUACGUUUUACAAGCAUCACACCCGUCUCAAAAUACAAAGGUUGAAGUACAAGAUUAAGUAUUCUACAAGUAACUGGAGUAAAAGUAUUGCCAUGAGAAAAUUGUCAAACUUAAAGAUUAACCAUGAAAAUCUAAAGCAUCAAGUGCAAGCAAGUGGGUGGCAAGCAUGGCUUUGGUUUCACACGUAGGCGCUAUGUUCACAUAUGUACAUGUUGUCCAUAUUUUGCUUUGCUUCAUAUAUUAGGAGUUCAUCCCUACCUAGCCUCUAACUUUGAUUGAAAACUUAUGAAUCUGAAACAUUUUGAUUUAAGGACAUUAAGGGUUGUCAAUAUGUAUUUAGAAAUCAAAUUACAUGUCAUAUUUUCAUAUUUUUUUAUUUAUAAAUAGUAUAUGUUUUCCCAUUUUAUCUUCGUUGUUGUUUUAAAGAAAAAAUAGUAAAAAAUGUAUGAGAGAUUACUCACAUAUGUGCAAAUUGAAUGGAAUAUAUGCUCCUAAAUUAUUCAACAAAUGUGGCAAUAUGACAAUAUGGCAUGCGAUAACACCAUUAUCACUUUGGAAUGAUGGGAUGAUUGUACGGUAACACCAUUAUCUCAUCAACCUUUCUUCAACUCAAGCAAUUGGAACUACGUAGCCUGGCUCAUGCUCUAAUGUUGAACAUCUCAGUCCCAACCCAAAAUGGCACACCCAUAAUUAUGUACUCACUCCUCUAACCGCAUCAACUAUCCCAUUCACACAACCAUUGAACAAAUGAUCUGCCAACCUGCUCGAAUGACGCCAAAUAUUGCCCAUAAUACCUUUUUGUCCACCAUAAUAAAAAAAAUGUUGUUGUGCACCCUUUUAAUACAGCCACUAAUCAUCAUGUUACAAAAUAUAUUGAUCAUUUCAUAUUUUCUAUACAACAUUAAAUAAUUAAGCAUAUUUUUUUAUUUUUUAUAU